AUGGAAGAUGAAGACUCGAGGCUGCCGCUGAACGCUGCGGAUUUUAGCGGGUUGGCAUGCCCUGCCGCCUGGAGGUCAAAAAAGAACCUGGUGGACACGAGAGGUACAACUGGCGUUAAAGAGAAGAAGGCAACAUUCAAGAAAUGGUUUGGAAACAAAGAGCGUUCUACUCGCAUGCGAUAUGUCGAAGGACGCAAGGCAGCAGCGAAAGCCAAAGCUGAUUCCUUGGAGAAGUUCGGUGAGGUGUUGGAGUAG